AUGGGUUUACUAACAAACCCUUCCAUCUCGCAAAAAGCUAAAUACUGUCGAAAGUUGGUGCGAUACAAUACGGCCAUAUGCUUGACACUGUAUCUGCUGGGCGUUGCCUUUUUCUGUGUGCUUCCCGAUCCAAAUUUCAGCUCCGCUACGUAUUUUUCGGAAAAUGCCCUCCUGCCGGGUUUGGUCAAUUCCGAGCUGGAAAUGGAUACGGUCAGUCUGGUGAAAUCGUUAACGGUCGAGUUGCAACGGGAGCGUGAGAACUACCCGAAAGGCAUACCGUACCCGUGGCUGCUGGCCAAGAUGCGUCGGUUUGGCCUGGAAACACAUACGCACAAUUUCACGCUGAACUAUCCGUUCGGCGGUGGUAAGCGCUUUAAGGGAGAAAAUGUGUUCGGUAUCCUGCGUGCACCUCGUAUUGCCUCGACGGAAUCGAUAGUGAUAAGUGUCCCUUAUCGGCCACCGGAAACGGUACACACCGAUGUAUCGGCUGGUGUUCCUCUGAUGCUGGCAUUCGCCGAUUUUGCCCGGAAAAAGAAGUACUGGGCAAAGGACAUAAUUUUCCUUGUUACCGAACAGGAGCAGUUGGGUGUGCAGGCAUGGCUAGAGGCGUACCAUGGUGGGGAGGAGGGUCGCAUUUUGGACUCUGGCAUGCUGAGGGCUCGUGCCGGUUCGAUACAGGCGGCAAUAAACCUGGAAGUGCAGAGCUUGGACAUCAGCCACAUCAACCUGAAGAUAGAAGGUCUUAAUGGUCAACUGCCGAAUCUGGAUUUGCAUAACCUAGUGCAGAAGCUAUCGUCCAAGAAUGGUAUCACUGCAGGCUACAAACAAACGUCUGCCAGCCCGAAACGAUCGUUCCGAUAUCAAGAUAAGCUGUUCAAUUUGCUCUCGAUGGUCUUCUCACAAGCGAGCGGCGUUCCGACGGGUAACCAUGGACUGUUCCACAAGUAUGGCAUUGAGGCGCUCACGCUGGAAGCCGUCAAGCGGGACAAGGUGCAACAGCAACAGUUCCAAGAGGUUGGCUCGAUGCUCCGCAUCAUCGAAGGAAUCACGCGCAGUCUCAACAAUCUGCUGGAACGAUUCCAUCAGAGCUUUUUCUUCUACCUUCUCGUUUCGAACGAUCGGUUCGUCUCGAUCGGAGACUACAUGCCCAGUUUGGCGCUGAUGGCCGGUUCGCUGUUGAUAAAAGCCUUCAUACACUACCUCUCGAUAUACUAUUCCGGCGAUGACGGUGACGAAUCAGAGGAACCGAAGCAGAAAACCGUCGCCACCGACGUGGGAUACUUUUCGGUCGGUGUCGUUCUGCUGGUGGCGCAUUCUAUCGGAGCGUUGGCCGUCUUUCUACCGCACAGUAAAGCGGUGAGCCAGUAUUUGUACGACGUAAAUCUUUCUACUCAGUUCGGACUGUUCAGCCUGUUGGUGGCCAUAACGGCGAUAGCCAUUACGCUGCCUGCGUUCUGUUCGCUAAGUGGCGUCAACAGCGAAGCACUGCAUGUUGCCGUUCUGCUGGAGGUCGGGACGGUAUUGUUGGCCGUCGGCAUGUUAAACUUUUCCCUUGGUUUCAGCCUCUCCGUUUGCCUCGUUCCAUUCAUCAUUCUUAUUCGGCCAACGCUGUCAGGCACUUCGAAAUUCCUGUCACGCUUAUGUUGUUUGCUGAUUAACCCAAUGGCCGUGCUGUAUUUUGUAGUGGUCGCUCUAACCUGGCAUUUGUUCCCGGAGCUGGACUUCAAGCCGUUGCUUAAUAAAGCACUCACCGCCACAAUGGAUGCGUUGACUUUUUCCGUCGUCGAUUCAAUGAUUUACGGUAACUGGGUGUUUGAUAUGGUGUCGCUCAUUUUUGUCCCAUCCUGGAUUCUGCUGUGGGUGCUGCUUUUCCCCAAGACUGAACCGAGAGACGUUAAACUGAAAACCAAUUAGAGUGCGCUUGUAUAAUAAAACAAAAGUAUAUUAUCUACAUUGAAAACCAUUCAGUCAGUGAAACAUUAAAGUUUAAUUUACAUUCGAUAAAAACUUAAAUAUGCGCAAGAAAACCAAAAUAAAUAAUUUAAUAAAAUCUAAUCAA